AUGAAAGUGGACAACUCAUCGCUGACGGGGGAGUCCGAUCCCCUCGCCCGUUCCCCCGAUAUCGGCCACACCAACCCCUUAGAGGCUAGAAAUCUCGCCUUUUAUAGCACUAACUGCGUGGACGGCAGUGGCUAUGGGGUAGUGGUGGCUACCGGCGACAAUACAGUGAUGGGCAAAAUUGCCAAAUUGGUCACCGGUAUUAAAGUGGAGAAAACACCCAUUGGCAUUGAAAUCAGCCGGUUCACUACGAUUAUAACGUGUUUCGCUUGUUUCGACGGGUUUUUGUUUUUAAUUAUAUGUCUGGCUAUUGGAUUAACUGGCACCACCUCGGUACUGUAUACUAUUGGAAUUAUUGUGGGCAAUAUACCCGAAGGUCUGCUACCGGCGCUCACUGUUGCUUUAACCCUAACCGCCAAACGUAUGGCCUCUAAGAAUUGCCUUGUUAAAUACCUGGAAGCUGUCGAGACCUUGGGUUCUACCUCGGUCAUAUGCUCGGACAAAACGGGCACACUUACCCAAAAUCGUAUGACAGUCGAGCACUGUUACCUCAGCGAUCAAAUUAUACGCAUAGCCCACAAUCGCCAGGAAUGCCAACAACUAAUGGCACCGGUAGCUCACUGCUGGGACCUAUACUCCCGGUGCGCCCGCUUGUGCUCCCGGAGCGAGUUCGUCGACGACGACCCGGAUAUCAUGAAGCGUAAGGUCAGUGGCGACGCCUCCGAGACGGCUAUACUUCGGUUCAUGGAGUCGGUGUCCGACCGCCCGGUGCGGGACUACCGGGAAGUGUACGCUAAGGUAGCCGAGAAGCCCUUUAGCUCCACCUAUAAAUACCAGUACUCGAUACACCGUAAUCCCGACGCUGACCCGAAAAUGAAUAACCACUUCAUACUAGCCAUGAAGGGAGCGCCGGAACGUAUCAUCAAAUUGUGUUCACAUGUGGUGGCCCCGGACGGACAGACUAUACCCAUAAGCGCCUCCCAUGUCAUUAAUUUCGAGGAGGCCUAUAGGGAGUUGGGAUCUAUGGGUGAAAGGGUGCUGGCGUUUUGUGAUACCGAGUUCACGCAGUUUAUGCCUGAUCAUAUAUUUGACUUGGAUGAUGAUAAUAUACCUGGCGCAGUUGCUAAGUGCCGUACGGCGGGCAUCAAAGUGAUCAUGGUCACUGGCGAUCACCCCAUCACGGCGCAGGCUAUCGCCAAAGACGUCGGAAUUUUCACGGAAUCCCAUCGACGGUCGACCCGUAUAUCUAAGCCGGGUAUUGACCGACACCGCCGACCCAACAGCACGUCGAUCGUAGUUCCCGGCGACGAGUUGGCGCAGUUGACGGACGCAGACUUGUGUAGCAUAUUGAGUGACUUCCGGGAGAUCGUGUUCGCCCGGACUUCGCCCCAACAGAAGCUAAGGAUUGUGGAGAACUGUCAGAGUUUGGGCCAAAUAGUGGCCGUCACGGGGGACGGGGUUAACGACUCGCCCGCACUCAAGAAGGCUAAUAUCGGAGUAGCCAUGGGCAUUGCCGGGUCGGACGUCUCGAAACAAGCGGCAGAUAUGAUACUAUUGGACGACAACUUCGCGUCAAUCGUGACGGCCGUAGAGGAGGGCCGACGCAUAUUCGACAACAUGAAGAAGACCAUUGGCUACAUAUGCGCCGGUAGUGUCACCACGUUAUACCCGUUCAUGUUCCUGGUCAUCCUAGGCCUGCCGCAAGCCAUUGGAAUCAUUACUGUCUUAUUAAUAGCGUUGGGCACUGACCUCAUGCCCGCCAUAUCCCUGGCCUAUGAAAAGGCCGAAAACGAUAUCAUGAGCCAAAAACCACGGCACCCGACCCGGGACAGGCUGGUCACCAGGGCGUUGAUAUUGCGGUCGUAUUUUCAAAUAGGGGUCAUCAUGGCUGCCGCCGGAUUUUGUGGCUAUUUCUAUGUGUUCUGGGGCUACGGAAUAGACCCAUGGACCUUGCUGGCUAAAUGGACCUGGCAAAAUGAUAAUCUAUUUGUUUAUGUUUUUUAUAAUGGGCAGUGGAAUAAGACGAAUAAAAUGGAAAUACUGUAUGAGGCACAGACAGCCUACUUUAUUUGUGUGGUGGUGUGCCAAUGGAUGGACGUUAUUGUGUCCAAAACGCGUCGGGUCUCCAUAUUUCGACAGGGAUUAGGGAACUGGGUGUUAAAUUUUAGCAUUUUGUUUGAAACAUGUGUAUGCGCAUUUUUCUGUUACAUACCACCAAUCGCCAAUGCAUUACAUUUAAGAGCUCCUAAACCUAUGGUAUGGGCGUGCGCAGUACCAUUUGCAUUAUACAUACUGGCCUACGAAGAACUCAGAAAAUUUAUCAUACGCAACUACCCAGACUCAUUUCUGGCACACGAAUUGCUCAUUUGAGUUUAUUGUAAACUGGGACGUUUAAUUUUAUAACAAUUUUUUAAUACGUGC